CGAGCAUCGGCGUGCUCAUUCCGUAGCAGACUGCUGCAUCGACCGGACGCGCGUGAUCGAGAACGUUGUUGAAAAGGCAGCACGCCGAGCUACCGUUAAAAAAAAGCGACGAAGCUAAUCCUAUCCGUGAAAGCACACGACGUGUAUGCAGUUUUCCAGUCGACACAGCAACCAGCGGCGAUUGGAACACGAUCGGCAACAAGCGACGACUGACAAUUUCCAUAGUAGCAGUGACACGUCGUUGUUGUCGUCGGCGGCAUCUAUUCAAAUCGGUAGAAAAACCGAUCGAAACUGUACUGCAGUCAAUUUCGAUUCGAAGGGGAUACACGUAAUCGAGGAUAAAAUCGGAAGGAUCUACGAUUCGCGAAGAAAGAACGAAAAAAAUAUUUUCUCGGUCGUUUUAAUUCCGUAAAUUCCCGCUAGAGAGAAGAGAUCCUCUUGUUGCAUUUUUGGUGAAGCGAGACCGCCGAGUGUUUCGACGGAAUUUUUCGGGAAAAAUUGUCGACGAUCGCCGAAUCCAAGGAGCUGUGCGAUUUGAACUUUCUAGAAAGACGGAGCGAGAAAGACGGAGGCUAGGUGUAGAGCUAGGUGAGAGAAAAGGAAGGAAAGUUGCCGCGGGAUAGAGGGAACGAGUGUGCUCGCUCACCGAGUGCCGGCUCAUCGAGAUGGCGUUUAUGAUGCCCGUUAUGAAAAACGAGUGGGACAUUUACAAGACCAACCGCAGUCGGCGAUCUUCCGAGUGUUCCAAUCCUCAGGCCUGUCGCAGUAGAAAGGUGUCAGAAUGUUCAAAAUCGGAGGGGCCGUCGUUGUCCACCUCGCCGGGAUCGGACUUCUUGACGUCGCCCGCUCAUCGUUCGGUCCCUCUCACGUCCCGCCAUUUCUCGAGGACGUCCUCGAGGGCGUCCCAGAACUCGUUGCAAAGCCCGAGCAAGAGUACCGGCUCGUCCCCGCCGAAAACCGGCAGCUCCAACUCCCUGAACAAGUUUCACAACCGUUUGGUGGACAAGCUGAAAAGGUCGUUGAAGAAGGCUGAGGACACGACGGAGGAUCAGAGAAAUUUGUCGUGAAACGGUCAGGGGGUUUUGGGCCGGCCACCGAUUCCCGGCUCGAAACCGAUCGAGAUAAGGCGCACCUCCGCACCCGUUACCGCGUCCGCGACCAUCUACGAGGGGGUUGUACGAUCCUGCCCUGAUCAAUCGUCCUCGGCAUGGUAGAGCACGCACGCGGAGAGAGAGAAACGCGACGACAAUAUAACGAUAACAAAGUAGCUGGCAACAACGAGACAGGAUCGGAUCAAAAUAAUAAUCCCCCCUUCGAUUCGUUUACGGGUAACAACAACAACACCGAUAAUAACAACAAUAACAACGACGAGGACGAUCGAUAUUUACGCGUGAAACCAUGCUUGAAACGUGACUCGAAGAGAGGAGGAGAAAGUGGCGCGAUCUUUCGCGAGAAGAGGAGAACUUCGAUCGCGGGAGAAGAGAAGGAGGAAGAAGAAUCGGAAAGGAGAUCGACAAAGAUGGCGAAAGAUUUUCGUGAAUGAUGUUCCUACCAGCCGAAUCCUCCGGUACCUGUACGUUUCUAACCGCUCUCUUCUGCGUUUCUUUUUGUACAUGCCGAUUUACAGUAAUUGAGAAACUGUAAACGAGAUUUUUAUCUUUUUUUUUUUUACUUUUUCGUUUCUUUUUUUUUAAUCUCCCUUAUUUCGGGAAGAAGUCUGGAUGAACGAGCCACGAACGAGUCGGGAAAAUUUUAACUUUCUUAUUUUCGAUUUUCGAAAUUGAAUUAUCGUUCCGAACGAAAUGAACGGGAUUCUUAUUGUGGAUAAUUGUUUAGGAUGACGAAGAUAUAGAGAAAGAGAGAGAAAGAGAUAGAGGAGAAAGAAGGAGAAAGAAGGAGGAGGAGGAGAGAAAGAUAUGCGGAAGAGAGCGAGGGGAUUAAUGAACGAAUUAGAAACGAGCCUCCGUCCACUUAUACGCGGAAGCUCCUUUGUAAAAAAAAAAGGAAAGGACGAGGGAAGGACAACGAGGAGGUGGAAAAAACGAGCGACGAGAGAGAGAUCCAACGAAAGAGGUACACAUAAUCACGAAUGGAAUUUCUCGUUAUUAACAUCGAUACGACUGCGUUUCAUUCUCGUUUCGCGCUCGUUUUCGCGCGCGUGUAUUAAUUAAAGGAUGGUUCGUGGCCAGUCGAGGUCGAUGAAUGGAUAUCUUAGAUGUCCAGACCUAAGGAAAAAAGGAAAAAAAAGAAAAAAAAAAAGAAAGUUAGUUCCUUCACACACGUAUAAAUAUUGUCGCGCGCAUUAUAAAAACUCGGGAACGACUUUUGACCAUUCACUUUCUGCUGUUUCAAAAAUUUCCCUCUUUCCAGAAAGGAGACAAAAAUUGAUUAUUUUUUUUCUCUCUUUUUUUUUUUAAUUAAAUUAAACGUAGAAUUCUAUUUCGUUACGUGUAAUUUAUUACUAGAGUAGUUAUUUACCCGUUUUUUUUCUCUCUCUUAAUUAAUUAAUUAAUUAAUUAUCGUGAAAAACUCGAUUAUCUUAAUGUGGUAAAAAUAUGUUUUUGAAACAUUAGGACAAGCAGAAAAAUGGGGGUGACUAAAAGCGAGGCGUAACACACGCGUCCAAGUCAAAGGAGUUCCCCGGUUAAAGGGUCUCGCAUACGACAACAACCGGAAACGCUUGUUUUCAUCGUUAAAGAUUACUUGCUGCCUCCAAUGGGGAAUUAUUGCGUGCGUGUACGCGAAAGCUGCGAAGGGAUAUUAUGUAUAUAUAUAUGUAUACAUGUAUAUAUAUAUAUAUAUAUAUAUAUAUAUAUAUAUAUACGAGAUGCGCGUUGCAUUAUACACACGUACAAUUAUAAUUAGACGAGCUAGAGGAAAAAAAAAAGAGCCUAAGAAAAGACUUACUUAUUUUAAAUCGCGUAUCGUUCGAGCGAGAUUAUCUGUACUUACACGCGUAUAAAUAUUUAUUUCAAGCUUUCGUUGUAAAUUCCGUCUCGCGUACAAUUGGAUAAACACGAUAUGCAAAUACGUCUUCGAAACGAUACGCGAGCGUCUUAUACAACCAACCCUUAUAUAUAGCUUUUUAUCUUGGCGUAAAUUGUUGCUUGUUAUUUGUUAAAAAAGAAGAGGGGGGGGGAAAGAAGGAAUACUAGUCUUUUUAUUUAUUUUUCUAGAUUAAUGUAUAUCGUUCUUUUUUUUUUAAAAACGCGUUCAAAAAUUCAUCUCGACUCGAAAAUUUUGCUCCCCUUUUAUCAAUUGGACAUCGGCUAUACGGUAUCGUUUCGAGGUGAACGUAUUCGCAGAUACCAUUUUUUUCCGCUAUAUUAUAUAUGCAAUCAUUUUUUUUCUCUCUCCAAAUCGAUCCUCGCAGCUUUUAUCGAAAAAUGUAUGAUAGCGUUUUCCCUAGCGUGUCCCGCGUUUGAGGUACCGGAUUUUUGCUGUUUUUCAAUUAAUCGUUACGAAGCGUUUGUUAAAUUCUUUUAUAGUAUAUUAUAUUACUUCCGUCGAGAUAUGCGGUCAAGUUUGUUAUUCGUUAUAUAUACGUUAUUAUUAAUAUCGAGCGAUCAUUUUUAUCGAGAAAUGAGGAAAGUGAGAACGAAAAAGGAGAAAAAAAAAAAAAAGAAAAAAAAACGAAAAAACGAAAAAAAAAAAAUUUGUGACGCAAAUUGGACGCAGUACGAAACGUCCCUGUUGUCGAGGGAACUCGUGAAAUCGUUGAGGGAGGGCAUCUUAUGUGCAAUCGUGCAAGUAGAAGAAGAAGAAGAAGAAUCGAUCGACUCUUUUCCUUUCUUUCCUUUUUAAUUAUUUUCGUACGCGAAAAGUGAAAAAAAAAAAAAAUUGAAAAAGAAAGUUUAAGACCAAAGAGUACUUAUUGAUUUCGUAUGAUUUGUGAUAUAUUGUUUUUCGGGGGGAAGGGGGGGGGCGGAAAUUUGCGAAGCAAAAAAUAUCGUCUUAAUUCGAAUUCAGUAUUAAAUUAAACGUAAGAUUUUGAAAGUAUUUUUUUUUUUUUUCCUUUUUUUUUUUCGUAUUUUUAAUUCAAGCGUAUAAUAAUAAUAAUAAUAAUGGUGACAUCGUCUGCGUCCAUUCUAGCCGCAAUUUUCGAUUUUUAACGAGACGAUUACGCGCUUUCCUUAUCGUUUUGCAAAAUUACGAAGUGGGAGCAAUUAUACGAUACCGCGUGUAACUCUGUGAUACCGUAAGCUAUAAGGUAGAAUUAUUUUGCAACGAUCAUAUAUAAAGAAAAACGACAAAAAAAAGAAAAAGAAGAAGAAGAAGAAGAAGAAAAUAUGGAGGAAGGAGUUGGGGAAAUGUUAUUGUUACUGAUGAAAAUUCGUACGAACGCUUCGAUUCUCCGUCAAUCAAAUGCGCGUCUUUUUUGGCAGCGAGUGCGACAACUUCUUUCUUCGUUCAGCAAUAAUCGAACGAGAACAACGAAACGAUGAUUUUAUUCUUCUAAAUUCUCGAUCGAAACAUUUUGCAUCUAUCUUGCUGUUCCACGAUAGAUAGAAUAGAUAGAUAUGAAAGAAAACCCCCUACGCAUGCGCGAUGUCCAAGGAAGAAGUUGGAAAAUUUCAAAAUUCUCGCCAAAAUAUAGAUAGAACCGCAUUGACCGGAAAACGGACGGCAAUAAAUUUUUAUUUCAUCUGAUUAGAUCGACACCGUUUUUCUUGCCACUGCUACCUUAUUUUAUCACCAAUAUUAUCUCUUUAAUCAAUCUCUAAUUUUCCAAUUUCCAAUUCAAUAAUAACUAGCGUGUCAUCGAGGACUGUGCAAUUAAACAGGGGGUUCUUGCUUUUGCUUUUAAUAAUUUUUCGAAAAAAAUUAUUCAAUCUUCGAAAAGACGAUGCAAUUCGUACCGUGAAUAUUUUCUCUCUCUCUCUGUUUAACGAAAAAAAAAAAAGAAAAACGAGGCGAACGAGGAAAGAAAGAAAGAAAGAAAGGACGAAAGAGGGGAAAAAAAGAUCAAAACACCGAGAAUGAGAGGACUAAAUUCGCGAAAGUUGCCGUUACACGUAAGACUGCUUUAGAGAAAAAACAAAAAAAAAAAAAAAAAAAA